GGUUUUGCGUUGGAUUAGUGGUUUUUGUUUCUGGUAUGGCGAUUAAUGUGAAAUCUGAUUUGGUUUUGCUGGGCUUGAAGGCCCAAGGUAGUGGGUACAAGAUUCCUAAGGGAGGCCUGUUUGAAGUGUUUUAAGGCUACUGCUUACCUAAAUUAUUGAGAAAGGCUAUCAUCAAAGACCCAGUAUGUGGACCAUAUUCCGAAGGCAGUCCAGGGCAAUGUUGCAAUUGCCGUUGUUGCUAUACGGUAAUACGGGAUGCUGAAAUAUAAUACUCCGUAAUAUAUAUAUAUAUGUUUGAUGAGCCUUCAAGUUAUCUGGAUGGGAAACAAAGGCUUAAAGCAGCUAAAAUUGUUAGAUCAUUGCUUAGACCUAAUAGCUAUGUCACUGUUGUGGAACACGAUCUUAGCAUUUUAGACUGACCUCAUUUCACGACCAAAGCUUGAAUUCACCAAGGAUAGGGAGCAGUAGUCUGCAGGAACUUAUUAUUACCUGGAUGAUUGAUUAGGUUCUCACACAGGAGUUUAUGGCAGCGAUCUCAAAGACAUGUUUCCCAGCAGAAUUGGAUCUGUUGCUGGCUAUUGUUAUAAUGAAAUGAGUUGAAAGUGGGUGAUAGAGGAUUAGCUGACGGAUUAAGAUUAUAGCCAGUUGGCCAAUUUUGGCAUUGAUUUGAAUCAGAAUGUUGUUGUCUCUUUGAUAGAACUGAAACGAAUCAGACAGAUACAAAUCAUUAUAUUUUUUUUUCUCGAUGAGGUAUAAUACUGCUGGUUUUUUCUUGUAGGAUUAUUUAAGAGUGCAGGAAGCUACUGGGUUGCAAUUCGGAAGGGAAAUAAGUUCUGAGAAAUGUUUAGAUAGGUUUUUCUAUGACUUGACAUGACAGAAAUUUAAGCCUCCCAAAAGAAAAGAAAGUAAAUUAUGUUAUGUUCCAAAUGUGGCAUGCAAAAAAAUAGAGGUAGUAAGGUAAGCUGCGUCAAGUCUUAAGACUUUAAGAGUGCAAUUAUUAUAUAUGCCCGGGAGCUCCCACUGGCGUACAUAUCCUUGACGACCUAUCUCACGUGCACAGUGCACUAGCUUGUUGCCUGCUCCUUCAAGUGAUGUGUAUGUCUGGUGCACAUUUUAUGUACGCCAGCAUCUAAUGUGAAAGGUCAUUUGAUCAGAAAGACACCGUGAAGCGUCCUACUUACUACUAACCAGUCUAUUAAGGCAUCAUCUAACCAUUUAUUUAUUAAGGUAUUAUACGCUAAUUACGCCGUAGUUGAAGCUUCUAGGUCAAUUAAAUUAUAAUUGUAGUCGUAUCCUGCCCACUACAGGUUUCCAGGUUUAAAGUAUGGCAUGCAUCAGAUGAGAUCCUUGUUGGAAAUUCAAAUAAAUAUUCCAUGUCUAGACAAAACUCAUCUUUGUCUUAAUGUGAAUAUUCUUAACAAUUACGGAUAUUCCACUUUGACCAAUUACCAGUUUAGUACAUAAAUUUGUUUACUUGUCUAUCCUUAAAAACAUUAUAAGUUCCAAUGCCAUAGUUUGAAUCAUAGAUUGUGGAAAUACUAUUUAUAUACGGGGUUUGGACCUGAAAGCUUCUGCAGCACAGAUUCACAGAAUGGGUGGGAUGAUAAGAUAUCCUAACUCUUGCUUAGGCUCUCUUUUGGUUCUGGGAUUAGUUUUGAAUGUAGCAGUGGUUAGCAAUGCAGGGAAAUCAACUACUUUUGUCAGGAAAGUCGAAAAAGCUGUUGAUAUGCCUUUGGACAGUGAUGUUUUCAGACUUCCUCCAGGCCACAAUGCUCCUCAACAGGUUCACAUAACACAAGGAGAUCAUGUUGGAAAAGGAGUGAUUGUGUCAUGGGUUACUCCAAUCUCACCAGGUUCUAGCUCAGUGGUGUAUUGGACUGAAAAUAGCAAACAUAAGUACAAGGCUAAGGGCAUAGUCACCAAGUAUAAAUAUUACAAUUACACUUCUGGUUACAUUCAUCACUGCACGAUCAAAAAUUUGGAGUACAAUACCAAAUACAACUACAAGGUCGGAACUGGAAAAUAUGCAAGGACAUUCUGGUUUGUGACUCCACCAGAAGUUGGUCCUGAUGUACCAUACACUUUUGGUGUCAUAGGAGACCUGGGCCAAACAUUUGAUUCAAACAAGACGCUUACUCAUUACGAGAUGAAUCCAACAAAAGGGAAGACCCUUCUAUUUGUUGGGGACCUAUCUUAUGCUGAUAACUAUCCGUUUCAUGACAACGUGAGGUGGGACACCUGGGGAAGAUUUGUUGAGAGGAGUGCAGCUUAUCAACCAUGGAUUUUGACUGCCGGAAAUCAUGAACUUGAUUAUGUUCCUGAAAUUAACGAAACAGAGCCUUUCAAGCCUUACACUCACCGAUAUCAUGUACCGUAUAAGGCCUCAGAGAGCACUGCUCCUUUAUGGUAUUCAAUCAAAAGAGCUUCAGCAUACAUUAUUGUCUUGUCUUCAUAUUCAGCAUAUGGUAAAUACACCCCUCAGUAUGAAUGGCUUCAGAAUGAGCUUCCUAAGGUAAACAGAAGUGAGACACCUUGGUUGAUCGUUCUCGUGCACUCUCCAUGGUACAAUAGCUACAACUACCAUUACAUGGAAGGCGAGACCAUGAGAGUCAUGUACGAGUCCUGGUUAGUGCAGUACAAAGUCGAUGUGGUCUUUGCUGGUCAUGUGCACGCAUAUGAAAGAUCUGAACGAGUGUCUAAUAUUGCAUACAACAUCACAAAUGGCCUAUGCAAGCCUGUCAAGGACCUUUCUGCCCCAGUAUAUAUUACCAUUGGUGAUGGAGGAAAUAGUGAAGGAUUAGCAGCCAACAUGACUGAACCCCAACCAAGUUAUUCGGCUUACAGGGAGGCUAGUUUUGGGCAUGCAACGUUCGAUAUUAAAAACCGAACUCAUGCUCACUACAGCUGGCACCGCAACCAAGACGGAUACGCUGUCCAGGCCGAUUCCAUGUGGUUCCACAACAGAUACUGGAGGCCUGAUGACGACUCCUCUGACCACUAAUGUUGAUCACAACAGAUAGAGUUAUUUUUUCUUCUUUCAGAAUAAACUUAUUAAAUUGUGUAUGCCAUUUGUACUAUAGAGCAAUGCAUGCUUUGUUGGUCCAUCCUAUUCCUAUGUUGUUUUUACAUUAUUUAGACCUUCAUCACUGUAGAAACUAGAAAGUGGCACUUUUAUAACACUAUGAUAUCAUAAGUUCUGAUAGCAGCAUUCAGAAAAGUUUGUUGGUUAUUAUUAAGACUCCUAGUAGCUUAUAAGAAAGCGAAAUUUUUGGUGGAA